AUGUUAUUCAAUAUUGUGUGUUUUCUAUCAAUUAUUCUUAGUAGUUUAUCAAUAAGUGUUCCAACUUGUGAUGGUAUUAGUGAAUAUAAUCAAUGUUCUCCAAAUAAAGAAUGUGGAUGUUUUUAUCGUUGGGAUAAAAAAGAUGAUUCGGGAAUAUGUGGUUUAACAACAUUACGUUGUUCUUCAAUGAUUCCUUGUUCUACAAUUAGUAAAACAUGUCAUGAUCAUAAUUCUAUUUGUAUUGAACAUCCUCUUUGUGAUUAUCGAUCAUUAUGUUAUCCAUUGGAUAAAGCAACUAAUGAAAUUUGUCCAUCAUGGAAUAAAACAUCAAUAACAACAACAUCACGUCCUAUUUCAUCAACAGCUAGUAAACCAUUCCAUCCAUCAUGUGAUUGGUCAUCUGAUAGUAAUACAGUUUUAAAUAAACUUAAAGGUCCAACUGGAUUAUUUCUUGAUGAUAGAAAUGAUACUUCAAUCUAUAUAGCAGAUUCUGGAAAUCAUCGUAUUCUUUUAUGGACACCAGAACAAUCAAUAAAUAAUCCAAUUUCAAUUUCAAUGAAAGAAACUGAUCAAUUAUCAUACCCAAGAGAUAUUGUUAUUGAUAAAAUGAAUGAAAAUAUAUUUAUUUGUGAUAAAGGUAAUAAAAGAGUUUUAAAAUGGAUGAAAGAUUCAAAAAUUAGUCAUACAAUAAUACCAAAUAUUGAAUGUGAAUCUUUAUUAAUCGAUAAUCAAGGAUCAUUAAUUAUAUCAGAAAUAAAUAAAGAUCGUAUAACAAAAUGGGAAAAAAUAAAUUCAACACAAAGUAAUGUUCAUGUUAUUGCUGGUGGUUAUGGAAAAGGUUCGAAUUUAAAUCAAUUAAAUCAACCGAGAAAUAUUAUUUUUAAUGAAAAUGAUCAGGCAAUUUAUAUAUCAGAUAGUGCGAAUCAUAGAAUUAUUAAAUGGAUAAAAGGAGCUAAAGAAGGAGUUGUUAUUGCUGGAGGCAAUGGGCAAGGAAAUGGAACACAUCAAUUAGCUUUUCCAAGAGGAAUUGCUCUUCAUUCAAAUGGAGAUAUUUUUAUAGCUGAUACAAGUAAUCAUAGAAUUGUCAGAUGGACACAACAAGCGAAAUCAGGAACUAUUAUUAUUGAUGGAAUUCAACAAAAUUCAAGACAAUUACUAAGCGAACCAUUUGAUUUAAUAUUUGAUCAAUAUUAUAGAAAUUUAUAUGUUACGGAUUGGACUAAUUCUCGUCUUCUUAGAUUUUUUAUUGAUGGAGUUGGAAAUUGUGUAACAAUUACAUAA